AUGGUCGUCCUCCCAGAACCCCUAGCCUCCUUCGAGCGUACUCCUCUCCUCUUUGCCCAUCCAUCACCCCUCGACCCUCUCCCAAGUCUAACGCGUCACAUCAACGCAGUUACUUCUACCAAAGCCCAGAUCUGGGCCAAGCGUGAGGACUGUUCCUCGGGCCUCGGUCUCAGCGGCAACAAGAUCCGCAAGCUGGAGUAUGUCAUACCAUCGGCGCUAGCCCAAGGCUGCGACACUCUCAUCUCGACGGGCGGCACACAGAGCAACCACAUGCGUCAAGUCGCUGCUGUCGGGAGUCAUCUUGGGCUCAAGACCAUUCUUGUGCCGCAGAUUCAUGGGGAUCCGGGUUCUGAGGCGUUGGGUCAGGCUGGGAACGUGCAGGUCAAUAGUAUUCUCGGCGCGGAGAUGGCUGCACCAAAUGCCGCGCUCGAGGGUGUUGCGGUGGAUGUCGAGAAACAAGGUAGACGUCCGUAUGUCAUUGCUGCGGGUGCUUCAGCGCAUGUGUACGGAGGACUCGGCUUCACCCGCUGGGCGUUCGAGCUUGUGGAGCAGGAAGCGGCUCAUGGCAUAUUCUUCGACACCAUUGUCGUCCCAGUGGCUUCGGGCGGUACCAUUGCCGGUAUGAUCGCCGGCUUCAAGCUUGCUGACCAGGCGGGACAUCAGUCCCGGUCCAUAAUCGGCAUCGACACGUACAACAAGCCGCAAGGCGUUCUUGAAGCCACUAUCCUUGAGAUAGCAGAAAGAACGGCAGAUCUCAUCGGAAUAGGCGCAGAUGCAGUUCAGCCUCACGACGUGAUCCUCGAUACGAGGUUCAAUACCGGCACGCACACGGCCUGGGACGAAAAUACAGCUCGAGGCGUCAAGUUGAUUGGCAAACUUGAAGGGAUUGUCACGGAUCCGAUUUACUCGGGGAGAACAGUGGGCGCCAUUCUGCACAAAGCCGAGAACAAAGAGCUGGAUGGGAGUCGGUACGUGCUGUUUGUGCACACGGGGGGACAGGCGGCACUCAGUGCGUUUCCCGACAUGAGAUGA